AUGGCAUACAAUUUCAAUGAUGCUUUUUUCAGCAUUGACCAAAUGCUCAACGAUGAAGGCAACAUGGAAGACCAAUAUUCAAGCAAUGAAGGAACUCAGAACAAUCAACACAGUCAACAACAAGAAGAAACAACACAUAAUCCCAGAGCCAAGAAAGAAUUGACUGUAUCCCAGAAGAGACAGAUUGUUGAUGAUUUUUUAUUACAGCAGGAGGGUGGGGAAAUACCAAGAGGAUUUUUAACAAAGCAAGCAAUCAAGUUUCAUGUACACAGGUCAACUAUUCACAGACUAAUCAAAGACAUUAAGUCACAAAUGGCAGUGGGGAAUGUGAUAGAUGUCAAAAGCAAUAAGUUGGGCAAAACUGGACCCAAACCAACAGAAUACACAGAUGAGUUCCUGCAAUCAACCCCAUUGUACAAGAGGGUAACUGAGAGAAGCUAUGGAGCAGCUCUCAAAAUAUCACAUGUCACCAUCCACAAGUUAAAGAAAAAAGGAAGACUCAGAACACAUACAAGCACAAAUCACCCUGCACUGACAUCCAACCACAAGAUAACAAGACUGAAAUGGGUGUUAAGUCAUCUACUGCCAGCUGAAGAUAAUAGGGACCCACAGUUUCUGGAUAUGCAGCAAGUAGUGCAUAUUGAUGAAAAAUGGUUCUACUUGAACCCAGACACAGGAGGUUCUACCUCCUGCCUAAUGAUCCUAACCCAUACAUGUGCCAACAGUCCAAAAGGUUCAAGGUAA